GAUAAAUACUUGUCCUCCUGCCUCCACCUGGUCUCUCCCCGAUGGACGCCACUGACGACUCCUAUCUCUGCUUCCCCAACCUCAACUCCUCCUGCAGACGCCUGCUACGACCACAGUCUGAGACCACUCUGCUCUACACGCUGCUCUUCUCCGUCUCCCUGUUGACUGUGAUGCUCAAUUCACUCGUCGUCUUCUCCAUCUCCCACUUCCGGCAGCUCCAGACUCCGACCAACACCCUGCUGCAGUCUCUGGCGGUGUCUGACCUGCUGCUGGGGCUGCUGGUGAUGCCUGUUGAAGGCCUGCGCUACAUAGAGACAUGCUGGCUGCUGGGGAGGCUCAUGUGUGCUCUGAGUCCGUAUCUUUUUUACUGUCUCAUCUCGACCUCCCUGGGCCACAUGGUGCUCAUAUCCAUUGUGCGUUAUUUAACUAUCUGUGACCCGCUGGUGCACUCUUCUAAGAUUACUCUGACUAAUGUUAAGAUUUGUAUCUUUGUCUGCUGGACCUCUUCACUUCUUUACAACGGCUUAAUUCUAAUGGAGCACAUGGGGACCCCUGACAGAUUCAACUCCUGUCAUGGGGAGUGUGUGGUGGUUGUCAGCUACGUCCCGGGAACCAUUGACCUCUUUGUGACCUUUGUGGCACCCUGUACUGUCAUGGCUGUGCUGUACAUGAGGGUGUUUCUGGUAGCUCUGUCUCAGGUGCGUGUAAUUCAGUCUCAGACCGCUGCUUCCAGUGUCAGAGCGGCUCCAACAGCCAAGAGAUCGCAGAGGAAGGCAGCCAGGACUCUGGGGAUUCUCAUAGUUGUGUUUCUAAUGUGUUACUGCCCUUAUUACUACCCUGUGCUUGCAGGUCAGAACACCUCCACUAGUUUGUCCUAUUAUUCUUUGGUGACGUGGAUCAUGCUGUUGAAUUCUUGUUUGAACCCUCUGAUUUAUGCUCUGUUCUACCCAUGGUUUAGAAAAGCCAUCAAGCUCAUCUUCACACUGAGAAUACUGCACGCUUACUCCAGAGAGGUGAUGAUGAUGCAGAAAGAGCUGAAUGAAUGAAUAGCAACAGACCAAAGCCUCAGACAAAGAGUUGAGUUGAGGUUUGUCACAGGUUGUAAUCGGGGUCAUUAAAUGAAGGCUUACCUCGUUACUGAGCACAGCACCACUUGUGACUUCUCACUGCAGAUGUCAGUUGUCUGGCAGGAAAACAAUAUU